AUGGCUACAAUGUUACCGUCAAAAGUCCGUCUCGCAGGCGUACGCAACUGCCUCAAUACCUUCGCACAACAUCUACCUGUUAUUUGCUAUCCAAGCCACAAUCAGAAGCAUGGAGGCCUUCGCUUCCAAUCGAAGAAUGCUACUCCUCGCACUCCACGGUCUUCUCCUCUCGGACUUUCCGCCGAACCGCGACCAACAAGCGUGGUUGAACACGUCCUUACCACUUUCGAUCAGCUAGUCGCUUGGGCACGCAAUGGUUCCAUGUGGCCACUCACAUUCGCCCUCGCCUGCUGCGGCAUCGAGAUGAUGCACUCCUCCAUGCCUCGCUACGACAUGGACCGCCUGGGUAUCAUCUUCCGCGCCUCGCCGCGCCAGUCGGACGUCAUGAUCGUCGCCGGCACCGUUACGAACAAGAUGGCUUCGGCUGUGCGACAGUGCUACGAUCAGAUGCCGGAUCCAAAGUGGGUGAUUAGUAUGGGUAGCUGUGCGAAUGGCGGCGGAUACUAUUAUUACAGCUACAGCGUAGUGAGGGGCGUGGACAGGAUUUUGCCCGUUGAUAUAUACGUCCCUGGGUGCCCGCCCACGGCGGAGGCAUUGCUGUACGGUAUCUUUCGACUGCAGAGGAAGAUCCAGAAAACAAAAGUGACAAGGAUGUGGUAUCGCAAGUAA